UCGUUUUCUCUAGGGUAUAUUAGACUUCAGUGCGCCGGGGUGUUCUUCUUGAAGAAAAGAUGAGCGGAAACAAGCUGAGGUUGGCUCUGGUUCAAAUGGCUGUCGGCAUGGACAAGUCCAAGAAUAUCGCAAAUGCCGUGAACUGGAUUCGGAAGGCAGCUGUCGAAGGCGGAGCAAACGUCGUUGCCCUUCCUGAGGCUUUCAAUUCUCCGUAUGGAAACGAAUAUUUCGCGGAAUACGCCGAAGUGAUCCCUGAUGGACCAACAACGAAAGCCCUCAGUGAUAUUUCAAAAGAACUGAAGAUUCAUGUGAUCGGGGGUUCGUACCCUGAAAAGCGGGGCGAUAAGCUGUUCAACACUUGCACUGUGCACGGGCCCACAGGCGACCUGCUCACCAAGUAUAGCAAAGUGCACCUGUUUGACAUUGACAUCCCUGGGAAAAUUACGUUCAAAGAAUCCGACUCGUUGACGAGUGGUAAUUGUCCUGCUGCAUUCCGACUGGGCCAGUCGGACUGGCGAGUUGGACUGGGUAUUUGCUACGAUAUGCGCUUUCCCGAUUUUGCCGUCAACUACGCCAAUCAGGGUUGCCAGUUGCUGAUUUAUCCUGGAGCUUUCAACUUGACUACUGGACCAGCGCAUUGGGAGCUGCUGUGUCGUGCGAGAGCUGUGGAUAAUCAGCUAUUUGUGUGUGCAGUCUCACCAGCUACGAAUGAAGAAGCCAAUUACAAAGCUUGGGGCCAUUCUUCGAUCGUUGAUCCUUGGGGCAACGUGUUGGCAAAAGCAGGACAUGGGGAAGAGCUUCUUUUAGUUGAUCUUGACGGAUCUUCUCAGAAGUUCGAAAUGGUGUCGAGAGAAGUCAAGGCCUUGAUAGUGACUGGAGUAGGUGCCGUGGUUACUGUUGUCGCGGCAGUGCUCGGUUUUUAUGGAUUUCCAAAAAUUGUUCGCGGAGAACUGGAAAAGGAGCUGAGAUUGGACAAUCAAGGAUCAGAGGGUUACAAAAACUUUCAAGAGACACCGAUCGAAAUCCUCAUGAAGUUCUUCUUGUUCAACAUCACAAAUUGGGAUGAUGCAGAAGCGGAUGGUAAAAAUUGGAAGCCUACGGUUGAGCAGCUCGGCCCCUACACUUACGUGGAAAAGCGGUACAAGGAAAACAUCACCUUUAUUAACGACAACAAUGAGGUGGAAUUCUAUCAAAUGAGGGUUUUCAGCUUUGACCAAGAAAGAAGUGGCCCCGGAGUGACUGAGGAUGACGAAUUGAUGAUCAUCAAUGCUCCAGUAUUGGGUGUUCUGGAAGUGGCUAUUCCCGUUUUGGACGACAGUUAUUUAGCAAGUAUAGCCUCUAUGAUGAAAGACGAAGAAAAUGCAGCUUUCCUUCGGGUCAAGGCCAAAGAGAUAAUUUUCUCGGGGACCGAAACAAAAUUCCUCACGAAACUGAUAAAUUUCCUGGGCACUUCUUUGGGAGAAACUUUGUCAGAAAUGCUGCCACCUUUGCCAACAGAUGUCCUCGUGCCAUUGGGUCCUCGGACAACAGGAUUUGCUUACUAUCCAAAAAACGCCACAGCAGAGGGGCCCUUCACAGUUUACACUGGCAAGGACGGCUUCGACAAGUACCAAGACUUCAAGACAUUCAUGAACCAAACUCACCUGCAGUACUGGAACGAUAAAAACGGUACUAGACCGGAAGACAGCUGUAAUUUCGUUCGAGGCACUGAUGGAACAGUUUUCAAGCCAUACAUGACGAAGUCUAGUCGCCCAUACAUUUACGACACCAGCGCUUGCAGACCUUUGUUCCUGGAGUAUGAAAAGGAAGUGUCGUUUCGUGGCAUUGAUGGAUACAGGUAUAUUUUGGCAACUAGUCAAUUUGAGAGCUAUGAAACGAAUCCAGACAAUCUUUGCUUGUGCAUACCGGAUGAAUCUGGUUGUAUGGACUAUGGGCUUUACAAUCUGAUAUCUUGCAUGCAUAUCCCGGUGUAUUUAUCCAUGCCGCAUUUUUUGAACGGAGCUGACAAGUACUUCAAUGCCAUUGACGGACUUGAACGUGAUCCGGAAUCGCAUACUACUUUCAUUGAAGUUGAACCCUUUUCUGGGAUUCCACUGCGAGCAGCUAAAAGGAUGCAAAUGAGUUUCAAAGUCAACAGCUACAAUCAGAGCAGCAGAUUCCCGGAAAUUCUAAAACAUCUCCCUGACAACGUCAUAUUGCCAAUAGUUUGGAUUGAACAGUCCGGAGAAUUGAGCAAAGAACUGGCUGAUGAAUACCAAUCCAGGAUCGGAACCCCUCUGGAAAUACUGGGCAUCGUCAAGUGGGUUCUCUUGGGCAUUGGAAUUCUGGUCAUCUUGGUCGGGACUGCACUUUAUAUUAAUGCCUGGAGGAGAAGAAGAACAACGACUCCAGUCAGCCACCUUCACAACCAUCACUGGGAUGAGAAUGCGGCAGCUGUUGAUGAAAAUGGCAUGGAAGACCUGUUGGCAACCCUUUGGGAAUUCAUGCCAUACAAUUCAGGCAACAACAAAACAGCAAUGGUUUCUCGGGAAGCCAAGGGUGGGAUUGUGGGUGGUGUUGGAGCAGUGAUAACAAUUAUUGCUGCGAUUUUUGCAUUCUACGGCUUUGAUAAUAUCGUAAAGGGACAACUCGAAAAUACGCUGAGGUUAGACAAGAAGGACGAAGGCUAUAAGAACUUCAAAGAGACUCCAAUCGACGUCACGCUGAGGUUAGACAAGAAGGACGAAGGCUAUAAGAACUUCAAAGAGACUCCAAUCGACGUCGUGAUGAAAUUCUUCGCAUUUAACAUUACCAACUGGGAAGAUUUGGACACGAUGGGUCAAAAAUGGAGACCAAACCUUCAGGAAGUGGGUCCUUAUGCUUACGUUGAAAAACGGGUCAAGGGGGACAUCAAGUUUCUGAGCAACGACGAAAAAGUGGAAUUCACGCAAGGGAAAACAUUCUUCUUCGAUGCUAGUCAAAGUGGACCAGGGCUGACAGAAGACGAUGAGAUUUAUCUCAUCAACGCGCCAAUUCUGGGCGUACUCGAUCUGAUUUUACCCAUUCUGCCUCCAACUUUCUUACCAACUAUUGCUUCGUUGAUGAACAAUGAACCCGUGAAUGCUGCUUUCAUGAAAGGCAGCAUCAAAGACAUCUUGUUUUCCGGAGCUGAGUCAAACUUUUUGGGGGGCUUGGUAACGGUUUUGGAAAAUUUCGGAAGUCUCAUAGAAGGCAUUCCGGAGUUACCGCCAAAUAUCAUCCCUAUUCCGAACAACAAGACUGGCUUCGCCUUGUAUCCGAAAAACGGCACCUUCGAGGGCCCAUUCGUGGUUUACACAGGGAAAGCAGGGUUGGAUAACUACCAAGAACUUGUUUCUUACCAAGGAAAACCUUACUUGGAGUAUUGGAAAGACCAGCUCGGUGUUCCGAAAGAGGAGAGGUGCAAUAUUGUCAGAGGCACCGACGGCACCGUUUUCAAACCAUACCUCAAGAAAACAGACAAACUGGGCAUUUUCACCACUGAUUUCACCACUGAUACCUGCAGGGUUCUGGAUACUGAAUUUACUGAAGAAGUGACCCAUUUGGGAAUCGACGGGUACCGAUUCCAAGUGCCGUCUUACGCACUGCAGAGUCACGAGGUGAACCCUGACAAUUUGUGCUACUGCUACCCUGAUGAGAGUGCCUGCAUGGGUGCAGGUGUCAUCAACCUUGUGUCCUGCAUGCGCAGCAUCAAAGACAUCUUGUUUUCCGGAGCUGAGUCAAACUUUUUGGGGGGCUUGGUAACGGUUUUGGAAAAUUUCGGAAGUCUCAUAGAAGGCAUUCCGGAGUUACCACCAAAUAUCAUCCCUAUUCCAAACAACAAGACUGGCUUCGCCUUGUAUCCGAAAAACGGCACCUUCGAGGGCCCAUUCGUGGUUUACACAGGGAAAGCAGGGUUGGAUAACUACCAAGAACUUGUUUCUUACCAAGGAAAACCUUAUUUGGAGUAUUGGAAAGACCAGCUCGGUGUUCCGAAAGAGGAGAGGUGCAAUAUUGUCAGAGGCACCGACGGCACCGUUUUCAAACCAUACCUCAAGAAAACAGACAAACUGGGCAUUUUCACCACUGAUUGGAGUAUUGGAAAGACCAGCUCGGUGUUCCGAAAGAGGAGAGGUGCAAUAUUGUCAGAGGCACCGACGGCACCGGUUCUGGACACUGAAUUUAUCGAAGAAGUGACCCAUUUGGGAAUCGACGGGUACCGAUUCCAAGUGCCGUCUUACGCACUGCAGAGUCACGAGGUGAACCCUGACAAUUUGUGCUACUGCUACCCUGAUGAGAGUGCCUGCAUGGGUGCAGGUGUCAUCAACCUUGUGUCCUGCAUGCAUGUACCCGUGUAUCUGUCAUUGCCACAUUUUCUGGAAGGCGACGACGUAUACUUUAAUGCUGUCGACGGACUAGAAAGAAAACCGGAAAUACAUUCAACCUUCCUGGACGUCGAACCCUUGACUGGAAUCCCACUGAGAGCAGCCAAGAGAAUUCAAAUGAAUUUCAAGUUGCGGAGCUACGACUUGAACAGAUUUCCGGAAAUCCUGAAAAAGAUACCUGAUGGCAUGGUUUUACCCAUACUUUGGGUUGAAGAGUAUGGUGAGCUGAACAAGGAGCUAGCUGAUGACUUCAAGUCCAGGAUCAUGACACCCAUGAAAGCCAUUGGGAUCGUCAAAUGGGUCCUGCUCGCAUUCGGGUUGUUCUUGUUGCUCGUCGGGAUUGCUCUUUAUGUCUGGGCCAAAAGGCGAAAUUCAGGCACCAGCUUUCAGUAAAUAUUUACUGAUCGGCACGAUCAGGUUCUGAUCUCCAAGAAAAGCAAAAGAAAAGGGCGAUGAUAAUCAUCACGAUACGAGCGUCCCGCGACAUUUUUCUCGAAAUUCCAUCUGUUUUGUGCAAUAUGCAAAUGAUGUGUUGUGUGUGGUUCAGGAACGGGGAUUGAAUGAAAUGAAGAUAUGUGAAGGUUAAA